UCCAGCUUCCGGUUUCCGCCUCGUGGCCGCUUCCGGAAGCUCUUCUCAAAAUGCUGCACCGCUCUGUGGAAGUCACCGAGGCUGUAGUAGUUGGAGUCUGUUCUCGGGCCUAAGCCUCCAGGCCAGGCUCCUGGGUGUCGUUAAUGUUCGGGGCCGCCGGGCGCCAACCGAUCGGAGCGCCACCAUCCUUCCCGGCGUGGACGCGACCCGAGGGAGGCGUUUGGCAUUUCAGUAGAACCAUGGAGGAGCUGGUUCAUGAUCUGGUCUCAGCCCUGGAGGAGAGCUCAGAGCAAGCCCGAGGUGGGUUUGCUGAGACGGGAGACCACUCUCGAAGUCUGUCCUGCCCUCUGAAACGCCAAGCCAGGAAAAGAAGAGGGCGGAAGCGGAGAUCGUACAAUGUCCACCACCCGUGGGAGGCUGGGUACUGCCUAAGCGAAGGCUCUGAUUCUAGUCUGGAAGAACCCAGCAAGGACUAUCGAGAGAAUCACAAUAACAAUAAAAAAGAUCACAGUGACUCUGAUGACCACAUGUUAGUGGCCAAGCGUAGGCCAUCCUCAAACCUAAGCAGUAACGUCCGAGGGAAGAGAGCGCUGUGGCAGGAGCCUGACUUUGCUGUUGACAACCUGGGGACCAGGACUCUUCGCAGGAGGAGGAAAGUAAAGCGCAUGGCAGUGGACAUCCCGCAGGACAUCUCUAGCAAACGGGCCAUGACCCAGCCUCCCGAGGGCUGUAGAGAUCAGGACAUGGACCACGACAGAGCCUACCAGUAUCAAGAGUUCACCAAGAGCAAAGGGAGGAAGAGGAAGUUGAGAACAAUCAGGCAAGGACCAAAGACACAAGAUGAAGGCGUAGUGUUAGAAAGUGAGGAAAUGAACCAGACCAAUAAAGACAAGAUGGGUUACGAAGAGCAAAAGGUUUUGGAUGAGCUCAUGAGCGAAAGUGACUCCAGCAGUCUCAGCAGCACUGAUGCUGGUCUGUUUACCAAUGAUGAAGGAAGACAAGGCGAUGAUGAGCAGAGUGACUGGUUCUAUGAGAAGGAGUCGGGCGGAGCCUGUGGCAUCGCUGGUGUAGUGCCCUGGUGGGAGAAGGAAGACCUCAAAGAGCUGGACGAAAAUCUCCCAGAUCCCGUCUUUCAAAGUAUCUUAACUGGUUCUUUGCCCCUUAUGUCGCAUCCGGGGAGAAGAGGUUUCCAAGCUAGACUCAGUCGCCUUCAAGGAAUGUCUUCAAAGAAUAUUAAAAAAUCUGGAGGGACCCCAACUUCAAUGGUGCCCACUGUGGGCCCGGUCAGCAGCAAGAAGGUGGUCCACUUCUCCCUGGACUCACAUCGCCAUGACCCCUGGUUUAGCACUGCGGCUAGGACAGAGCAUGGCCAGCAUCAGCUUCUGAGGGAUAACCGAGCUGAACGAGGACACAGGAAAAGCUGUUCAGGGAAAACAGCCAGCAGGCAAACAAGCAUGCAUUUAGGGUCCUUAUGCACUGGAGACAUCAAAAGGAGAAGAAAAGCAGCACCUUUGCCUGGACCCACUGCCACAGGAUUUGUUGGUGAAAACGCCCAGCCCAUCCUAGAAAACAACAUUGGAAACAGAAUGCUGCAGAACAUGGGCUGGACCCCAGGGUCGGGCCUUGGCCGAAGCGGCAAGGGGAUUGCAGAGCCAAUCCAAGCCAUGCAGAGGCCCAAGGGGUUAGGACUUGGAUUUCCUCUUCCAACAAGCACUCCUGCAACUCCUGCCUCUGCUUCAGGAAAAUCCCCCUGAGAAGAACAGCAAGGAAGAGUUGUGUCACAAUUUUUUAUUCACCUACCCCUUUGCUCUGAAUCACUGAACACUUUCUGACUUUGAAGAAGUUCACAUUGCCUCAAUCUCCUCCUGGUUUCCCAGUGCACAGGCCUGCCAGGGGUUGGAAAGGGGAGCUUGUCGCUGUCCGUGUUGCUAAAGUGAACAACUGCACCUUGUUUUAUUUUUGCUUUUGUUUUCAGUGAUUCCCAGCUAUUUCCUGGUAGAAAGAGCAGUUGACUUCCCUUACUUAUCUCGGUCUCAGUCGUUGAUGCCUGCUAGUGUUUUGUUCAGUCUGAGUAUGCAUGUGAUGUCCGAACCCAUGUGAGCACCAAUGGCCUCCAAAAUGGGAUUGUGUCUCUUGUUGUCCCCUCCUCCAAGUCCUAAGCAAAACCCUGAGAGGCUGGGUGACUUCAUACUCCUUGAAUCUGGCUUAAUUUUAUAUCUUUGGACAACGUAGUAUGAUGUUCGCAGUUAGCAAAGAGCAAUUAAUAUUUGCCUCAGACAUUUUAACAAAAAUCGACCUCUUCAUUGUUAUCACCAGAGUGCCCUCAACGUCGCUUUAGUGCAGAUGUUACACAUUUUACCUCAUGCAGCAUGUAACAUAAUUGUUGAAAGGAAAAUGUAUUUUUAAAACUCACCAUGAGCUGAACUGUAAAUUCUGUUCCUCCUGACAUCUACCUCUCUCUUCCCAAAGGCUGAUAUUUUUUUAAAAUCAACUCAAGUGUAAGACACUGAUUUUAAAUUUUAAUCACUGGAGUAAAUCAUUAGACUAUUGAAUCAAUUUAUUUGAAGGGUUAAAUGGCUCUCCCAAGAAUUCAGAUUUCUGGCAGUGGCCUGACCCCUUUACAAGGUGAACAAAAGAAAGUGAAAGAAACAUCAAUGCCCUUUUUAAAUCUAAGCUGUUACUUUACAACUAAGCAAAACAAGUUAUUUUUAUUUUAUGCUUAAUAUUGAGUUAUUUCUCAGUCAUGUGCUUCUCAGCAUCAGAAAUUCUAAAUUACCCUUAGUUUGACGGGCUGACGUGUUAAUGGUCUUAAUGACCUUCAUCAUUAAGAACAAAUAAUUACUGUGUUAUUCUAUUUACAAUGGCCUGUAUUUCUUAAAUAAAGGUCAAGGCAGCCCAUAUGAAUCACUUGUCUAGUAUUUUUUUAAAUUUUGUAAGUUGUCCAAAAAGAGUUUUUAAAGGCGAUAGAGAAUGGAUCUUCACCCAGUGGUCCCCUCAACAAAAACGCUUCCCUGCCAACUUGAGGAGGAAGAGGCACCCUCUGAUUGCAAAGACUUGCUGGUUUGCCAGAUGUGUACAUUUCCUUUAAGAGUUGUCUUUUUUCCUCAGGACUUGUGGCAAGAGAAGAGGAUGUGGAGGGGACUGUAGACCGCCAGACUUGCACCUUGAAGCAUUCAUAUGAACUAAAUUGACCUUAGCUGAUUGUUUUCUGAAAGUUUGUCACUAAAAAUGUUUGAACUUCUUUGUCUAAAUGCUCCCAGUGUUUCUGUAGGGAGUAAUGGUGGAGAUCGUGUAUGGAGUUUUAAAACUUCUCUGUCAUGGUGUAUGGUGUUCAAAGAUCUACUGAAAAUUUGUUGAGUUUUUUUUUUUUUUAAUUCCAUUUCCUUCAGACCUUCUGAAAUCUUAGCAUUUCAAAAAGCCCAGUUUUGAGCCCCUAGUAAACAAUGAGGCUGCAACAGGGCCGCUGUGUGCCACCCCUGAGGACGUGGCUGUUGCUUUUCUCCUCAUCGUGUCCUUAUGGUUGCCAAACCCUCACAGUAGGGGACACCGUGGGAGAGGCCUUAAUUCAAUAAGCAGUCUUUACCAGGGCUUCUUUUUGUCCCCUUCUGCACAGGCACAAAUCUGCUGAAAUAACUCCUGAAAGAUGGUCAUGCAGCUUCCCAAAAAGCGCAUCUUCCUGUUUUCUAGGAACAGAGCGAGUUCUUUAUCUGACCCCUAGAGCCCUCUAUGCAGCACCAGGAGACUUAACAUGUCUCGAAUUGGAAUCCACACAUCAGCACUCAGGGUGGAGAAGGCUCACUCUCUCGGGCCUGCCCUCAGGACCAGUCCUGAGAAAAGAUGCUUGGUGUUCUGGUCACACUGGGUUUCCCUGGAGAAAUGAAUGCAAUCAUGAAGCAUUUAAUGUGUCUUUCUAGAACACAAAGCACACUAACUUGUGUUUCAUAUGUAGUUAUAUUAAUUUUUGUUCAAAAAUAUGUCCCUAGAUCCCAAAGUGUCCAAAACAGCUCAUAGUUUAGAAAGCAUUGUUCAGAGUUCCUUGAAAAAGUGG